AUGAAGAUGAUGAAUGAAAGCCUCUUGCUCCAAGAGGAAAGGAAAGUGAAAAGGUGGCUUAGGAAUCAAGCAUCUCUCUCCCCCACCUCAUCGUAUUCCUUCCCUCUUUUCAAGACUUCCAAUUAUCCUGGGUCCAGCCAAGAUCAAACUAUAACAGACACUCACCCCAUCUCUGGGAAAGCCUCAGUGGACAUCCCUUGGAGCCAGUUUGGGGACCAUCUGUCCAACUUUGUGAGCUUUCUACGACUACCAACCAAAAGACCCAUCUAUGACCGGAAACAUGCCAACAAUCUCACACCCUUCAGUGGAAUGGAUUUGCCUACUCAGACCCUUUCAGCCCGAAAUGCGAACGCUCCACGAAACAGCAUCCACAGCUCAGCCUCGCCCAAGGAGAUUCGGAAAACCAGCGCCAGGAAGCCAUCCAAUUUAGAAAACACCAUCUCCCUCCAAGAGGCGAUGGCCUUGUUCCCUUCCUUGCAGCGCCUGCUUACCAAGAAAGGCAAGCUCUCUAUUUCAUCUCUCUACUUUCAGAGUCCCACCACAGGAUUCAACGCCUUGCAGAAGAAGCUCAAAAGCAUGUUGGACAAAGAUCGAGAAGACGAGAACUUCAAAAUCCCACAGCCGUUGCCCGAGAUUAAACCCGAAGAAAUUCUGAGCUGCAGGUAUCUUCGUUUGUCUCAGAGCAAUAUUGAUACACUACUGGAGCUGUGUAAGGAAUCUGGGAUUUAUAUAGAUUUGCACCCCCAUAUGAAAGAAUCUGAAAUUGAUGCUAGCUCCGUACUCUCACCGAACACCCACCGACCUCUGUAG